AGCCAAGUUGCGCUUCAACACCCUCUUCCUUGUACUGUCCAAGCACCCAGGUCCAGACCGCUAUCAAUCUCCCACAUAGUCGUUUGCGGUGAAGGUUUUAAUUCUGUGGCCAUUCAGCGCAAAUUAUUGAAGACCCUCCUCCGUGGCUCUGAAGAAACUCCCAUUGAAACCAUCUGGGCCAGGGGCACUGGCAGGGUUGAGCUCCCAAAUGACUGAUUUGACUUCCUCUUCCUCAGACCAAGUCAAGGGGGAACCAGAGAAGGUAGGGUUAAUAAGGUUGCAUGACUCACAGCAAUCCUUGAAGUCAUCCAUGUCAGCCUGUAUAGGGAUGAUAGGUUGUCCCAGAGUUCUUUCCUUACCUGCCCAGAAUGUUUACCAUAAACAGAGGAGUGUGAAAUUUUUUAUGUGCAAGCACACUAGUGUAAACAGUUUCUUUGAUGCUUUCCUUUCCUUUGCCGGAGGGAAAACUUUCAGUAGGUUUAGGUUGGGCAGAGUUGUGGGAACUUGAAGAAUGACCAAGCUUUUUACAGAUGUUGCAGAAUAAAGGCCUUUCUUCGUAGCAGCAGUCAAUCAGUAGGUCUUUCCCACCAAUUCUAAUAUGCACCUUGGGUGGAGGGGGAAGAGAGAGGUCAAGUUCGACGCAUAAUCUGGCUGUUUCCCUUUUGUCUUUGUUGCUAGUAUAAUCAUCCAUCAAGAUAGGCUUACCCACAAGACACGAUAUGGUGUACAAGGCUUGGUAUUGGAUAAGGUGGAGGGGAAGCUGACUAAAGGAAACCCAGACCGGGAACAGAGGGGAGUCUUCACUGGCUUUGUAAUCUUUAGUCCACUUAAAUACAUAGAAGGAAGUUUGGUGUAUGAACCAAAUCUUUUUUUUGAAUGAAUCGAAUGUAAUCUU